AUGGGCUCUCCUGCGGCCGCCGACAAUCUGGUCACAGAAAACCCGGACCAUGUCCACAUCAUGCCUCCCGACGACGCUCACGUGAUAUGCCCUACGGACUACUUCUCUGGGUCGGGCAAGAAGGUGCUUCUUUUGCUCAACCAGGAGAUCAAGCUCUCGGUCACUGCUAUACAGCAGGUGUGGGAUGCUUCGCAAUUGAGGAUCUGCGCCGACGGGGGUGCAAACCAGCUUUACGAAUAUAGCCUGAAACACGGUCUGGACUGGCUACCGGACUUUGUGAUAGGUGAUCUCGACUCCUUGCGGCCCGAAGUGAGCCUCUUCUAUAAAUCCAAGGGGGUCAAGGUCAAACAGCAGGCUUCGCAAUAUUAUUCAGAUUUGGACAAGGCCAUCACGCUUUCAAACCUGGUGCUGCUCGAUCCGACAAUUAAUCUCGACGAUUACGAUGACUACGACGGAGUCAGCAAGUAUGAAGAAAGCAUCACCGAUAGCAUUGACGAUAAGGUUUCUGUGUUCAUGAUGGGCUCAAUUGGCGGCAGAUUUGACCACACGGUCUCUACAAUUAGCAAGCUGAUCAAAUUGUACCAUACACGGCCCAAUUUCCAAUUCAUUGUGAGGAAUAACGAAUACAGCGAGUAUAUUCUGUUUAUUCCUAGAGGACGCAGUUUUGUCACGCUGCUGCAAGAAAAGGACUACCACCGGGGUGAGGAACUGGUGAAGGGAAAACUGCCGCUUGUCGGGCUGUUACCACUAGCAUGCCCUGUGCGAUUGAGCACUAGCGGUCUUAAAUGGGACGUUACCAACUGGGACUCCUCUAUCGAAGGAAAAGUGAGUGCCAAUAACCUGCUAGUCGGCGACAACGGGUUUCUCGUCGACACCACAGGCCCGAUAUUCGUCAACAUUGAAAUCUGA